ACAAUCUCAGGUCUUGUUUGGUAGUCAGUUAAAAUUUAUUGAGAAAUUGUUUUUCUGUUGUUCAAGCAUGGGUUUUGAAUUUUCUGAGGUUAUGUAUGAUAGCAAGGAUAAUGAACGAAAUUGGGAUGUAUGAAUGGUUUUUAGCUUUUCAAUUAAUGGGAGCUUCGAGGCCAGGGCAUUAUCAGCUCAAACUGCAGAGACGGAUAUCGUGAGAUUCUUAGUGGGAACGCAAUCUUUAAAAUUUAGUAACAAUCAAAUACACUUGGUUGAAUUAAAUGAAGAAACUGGUAGCUUAAAGACUCAAGUAUUUCAGCAUCCGGUUGGUGAAAUUUGGUCUUUACAGGCUUCACCCACCGAACUUGAUAAAUUUGUUACCUGUUAUAAUACUUUAAAUGAUGAAGGUAUUUGUCAAAUGAAAGGAGCUCUGUGGAAACUACCAAAUGUUAAAGAUGAUACAAAUGAAAUACUACAACUCGAUAAAAUAAGUGACAUCGAUACAACACCUUAUGGUAAUGAACUUCAGAUUAUUGCAUAUCAUCCUAUGGAUGCGACCAAAGCUGUUUCCGUCGUUGAUAAUAAUUUUGUACUUUGGGAUUUAACAAAUACUUGUCCUCAGGUGGUGACAGUAGGGACAUUAUCCACUAAAGGUCAGCCUAGGUUUACAACCGGCAAGUGGAAUCCUCAUAAUGGGUGCAACCAAUUUGUAACAUUGAAUGAGAAUAAUGUUCGUGGUUGGGAUUUUAGAAAACCAUCUGAAACCGCUUGGAAUAUUCCAGCAGCACAUUCGCAAAUUAUUAGAGAUUUAGAUUUUAAUACGAAUCGUCAGUAUUUUUUAUCAACUUGUGGCGAUGAUGGGUAUAUGAAAUUUUGGGAUAUUCGACAUCCAUCAGAACCUGUAAUGUCACGCAUGGAACACUCCCACUGGGUUUGGAACAUCAGAAUUAAUCGAUUUCAUGAUCAAUUGAUAUUGACGUCCAGUAGUGAUUCCCGCGUCAUUUUAUCAAGUAUUGCAUCUAUAUCAUCGGAACCAUUUGGUCAUGUUUCACCGGAGGAUGAUACUACAAGUGCAGAAGAAAAUUCGAAUAAAGAUAAAUUAGAAGAUGGAGUUGUGGGAAAAUAUGAAGAACACGAGGAUAGCGUAUAUGCUGUCGAGUGGUCCUCUGCCGAUCCUUGGACGUUUGCUUCACUGAGUUAUGAUGGACGAUUAGUUCUUAAUAAAGUACCCCGAAAAUAUAAAUAUCAAAUACUUUUGUAA